UAUCAGUUUAUCGGGAGCGUGGAAGUUUGAAAUUCACACGCCGGCGUUUUUUGUCUUGCCGUGGAAUGUAGAACUGCUUGUGCCGAUGCUGGAGCGCCGCUGAGAGUUCGUUGAACUUCAAGUUUGCGUUUUUUACAGUUCGCAGAGAGAUAGCUUUGAAUUACUGACGAGUUUGCGGGUUCGUUUGAAGGCACGGCGACACAGACAGUGCCUUCAAUAAGAAUAAAUGCUAGCAGUGAAGUAAAAAGGGGCAGCCCACUCAGCAGGCUUGCGUUUUCGAUGUCGAAGGUAGAGAUAUAAGCGGAUAUUUUUGUAUUGGAGUCGUGCCUAAUCCACAUUCACUGAUCAUGGGCCCGGAGCGUUCUUGAGUGCUCAAAGUGUAUGGGAACAUGAAAUGGGCUGCAGUCAGGGCAAACAACCGUCUCCGGCAACCAGCGCCAAGGUGCGCAGUUUCCCCGAGGAGGGCGACGAGUCGGCGAGAAGCGCAGCGGCACAUCAUGGCGGCAACGGCAGAACACAGCACGCGGAUAGCGCCGGCGCUGGCGGCGACAAGAAAGAGGAAGAACCGAAUGAGAUAAUCGACGUGACCAAGGAGCUCGGAGCGACGACGGGCUCCACGUCGUCGGCGCACCAGAGCAACGCUGCCAACGCGGACCAAGCCACGAAAAAACCCCGGAGUUCGUAUCGCACUCCGAAAAAGGCCGGCGGCGCAAAGGGGGCGGCGGCGGGGAACAACAAGGACCAGAGCAACAAUCUGAACGCGUCCAGUGCCAGCAACGCGCUCGGUGCCUCCGGGACUUCCGUGCAGUCGCAGCCGAGCAGUGCGCCGCCACUGAGCAGAACGGACACGGGGGACUUGCCGUCCGGCCGACGGCAGCAAAGCCGCGAUGAACCACCACAGCCACAUCAGCAGCAGUUCUCGUCCACGGCUCCGCUGCCAAAAGCCGCGCCUUUUCGCGGGCCGCCACAGGGCGGGAUCGACCCCGCAUCGCCUGCGUCGGCUCGGGGAACAGGGGACCAUACCGCGCCGACCACGCCCAUUCACAACUCGGUGACGCCGACCUACCGGGCGAACCAGAAGCUGAUUCGCCACGCGACCGCCGAGGAAUUGAGGACGGGGGCCAGCCUCGGAAUCACACAGCCGUAUGAAGAUCCCGAGGAGCUUUUUCUCGAAAAAGAUCCGAAGGCGAAAUGACCUGCUUGCUGUCUUACCGGCACCACUUCCCUCUUGAUGAUUAGCUGUAUCUUCAACCUGCGUUCAUGAUUAUAACCACAUCAUUUUUACGGGACCACGCACAUACAGAGCUUCACCUUGCUCUUCUAAUCCGGAAGAAGCUUGUUGCUUUCACGAGGAACACAUUUUAGUACGACAUUCCGCGAAUUAUGAUUUUAUCAGCAUGAUGGAAAGGGGCACGGCCACGGGUAGCCUUUACGAACAGGCUACACGAUACUGCACUGAUUGCGUUCGAACUCGGUUUUUCAAGGAGAAUCGGUUUUUUUUCUUCACGAGCCGGAUUCCUCAGCGUAAAGAUUCAGAUUGCAAUACACUUCGUCGCAAAAGGUAUUUACUGCGUGCAUGCAUCUUGCUUCUUCGGGUACCUAGUUUGGCCUUGAUUCAAAAUACUUUAACACAGUGGUGCUUCAUUAUCAUUUUUAUGAUAUGGCUGAGGCUGCCGCUGCCCGACGCCGACCGAGGAUCCCUCAUUAUCCCGAGAGUUUACUUGUUUCCGAAUCGAAACGCUAUCAAGAAAUGUCUAGCGUCAACACCUGUUCGAGAAAAUGAAAUUCAUAGAGAAUUCGGACCAUAUCUUUGUUCAUCACAGCGAUUUCGAUCUUAGCACCCACCGGAAAAAUGGCAACAUGCGGCGCAGCAGAAGGUAAAAACAAGACCUCGCCGAAGAUGCAGCAUCACGAAGAUGCGUAUGACCACAGCCACGGAGUAUUA